ACAUGAAACUGAAUUACCAUAUGCCUUGAAUUAAUUCCCUUGAUAGAAAAAAAGAAAGAAAUUAUGCCGUCAAGAAGGAUUUAGGGAAACAAGAUUGAGUAACAUGUCUUCGCAAAUAUAGACGAUCUUUGGUCCACAUACAGCCUAUUGUAGGUUGUGUUUACCGGAAACGCGUUGAGAAGGAAACUACAUAGAAAUAUCUGAAAUAUGUUGAGAAACAACUCAGAAUUAAGACCAGAAAAAGAUGAAACUUGUAUUUUCUGUUUAAUAGCCAACGAUCAAGACAAAGAAACGAAAGUCCUCAAAAAGAACAAGGAGCUGGUGUGUUUUAGCGACAUUUAUCCUGCUGCUCCUCACCACUACCUGGUUGUACCCAUUCAGCACAUCGACAGCUGCUUCUCGCUACACAGGGGACACGUUGGUCUCGUUAAGAGGAUGGCGGAAAUGGGGAAAGCUGUGCUACAAGACCAAGGGAUCACUGAUAUGGAGGAUAUAAGCCUGGGCUUCCACCAACCUCCCAAUACUUCUGUCGAUCACCUCCACCUGCAUGUGCUCGCCCCUCGCAGCCAAAUCUACGAAGCCUUGAUGUAUAAGUUUAUUCCAAGUACAUACAAUUUUGUUACGGAAGAACUUCUCCGGAAUCAUAUUAAGGAUAAAGCUCCCAUAGUAAAUGAGAGAAAGCGGAGAGAAAGCUGUAUAAACUGUCAUGGCUUUUUUUGGUAAACCGAGUGAUUAAAUGAAAUAAUGAGGGGGAUAAAUGUGUUGGUUCUGAAAGCCAUAGCAUUGAAAUGUCCCAACAGUUGUAUCUAAUGUGUGUUCAAGGCUUUGUGUGUACAUCUUAUUGACAAAGUGUGAAACAAAUGUGACUUUUAUUGUUUAUUUAAGAUGUUUAAUGCAAGGCUCUGCUCCUAAUCCUCGCGGUGAGCAAAGAGCAUAUCAUGGUUGUUGUAAAUUUGGAAGACAUUAAUUUUGAUUGUGUGUCUACGUUGUUUGCAUCAAUUGAAACAGCUGAAUAUAUCUUUUGAUGUCUUUGUCAGAGGCGGCUGGCCCAUAGGGGGCGCUGGGGCUCUGCCCCACCAGCUGUUGAGGGGAAAAAAUAUUUUUUUUAAAUCAAUGUCAGUUUUACUUAAUAGUGUGUGUGCCUACAUGCAAUUUAAAUCAUUUAAACAACAUUUCCACCAACUAACACUCAUUAAACAGUGAAUUUCCACUGACAGACAGUGUAUCAUUCUCUCAUGGGGCGAUCGGCAAAGUGCCCCUGACCGGCAGCUAAACAGCCAAUCCGGUUAUGGUUGCUAGGGGGAAAUUAUGAAUAAUUGGCCUAUCAACGUCGCCAAAUUUAACGGCGGCGGGGCGCUGGAAAUUUAGCCCCAACUGCUACGUAAAAUGCGUGAAGGUUUAGGAUUGCUGUAGCUACAUAAGGAGCCAGCGAUAGUUUUUUUUCGUAGUGCGACUCCCAGACUCUGUCCUACGCUACGUGGGGAAAAAAUACGCGCGACGACGCUUUGUUGUUUCUCUCAGGCUGUGACAUGCAAUGACAACUGUAUGGCACUGAUGCUGUUUUCUCCAAGUAAAUGCAUUUUUCCUUGAGGGAGGGUAUUAAAAUAAUCUGUUUAUGUAAUUUUUUUUGAAAAUAACUUGGUUCUAAAUUCUUUGUAUAUGUUACAUUUUAAUAGGAAAGUUCUGUUUCAUUCUCUCUUCUCAACCCACACUCACUCAUUCACUCACUCACUGUUGAUUUGUAUAGAUUCAGCUGAAAUCAUACCCUUGUUGUUAAUUUAUCCCUUGAUUGUAUUGUAUAGUAUUUGAUAGCAUAAAGUCUAAUAUAGCUGUAAAUUGUAACUUUUUCUGUGAAGCUGGAAACUGUGAAAUUAAAUUAUUAUUGUGGAACUGUA